AUGGCGAGGCUAGUGAUUGAAGACAGCGACGACGAGUUCCCGGAUCUAGAUGGAUUGUUACAAGGGAAUGGCGCUAGCAGUGGCGGGAUGUCAACAAUGAGGGAGACGACAACGUCACGGGAUGACAAGGAAGCAGAAUGGAAGAGGAAGAGUAACGGGAAGGAGAUGGAAGUUACGACGGCGAAGAAGAAGAGGGUGUUGAAGAGGAGGGAUGAUAAUCCGCUGUUACGACCACUUGCUAGCACGGCCACCGCGUCUGAGGGUCGGAAAGGAAGAGCUGGGAUUGGGAUUAAGACGAGCCGGGCUGUUGAAAAGGAAGUCAUGCCUGCGUCAAAGAAGAAACAUGUCACGGGUUCUGACUCUAGGGAGAAGGUAGAGACCAGGACGCCGCCGAAGAGAAGGCGUGCUGAACCGACUCGAGUUGUUGAUCUUGAGUCGGAGGAAGAGAACGAUAGUGAGAUCUUGUCAAAACCAGCGCGGUCGAAGAUUCGUACGUUCGAUCUUGAAACUGAGGAUGAUGAUGAUGAUAUAUCGGAUUUCAUUGUGAAUGAUUCUAUAUUUCUAGAGGAAGAGAUAUCAGAGAUUGAGAUGCCGCCACCGCCAAAGCCGCCGCGAUCUGCCAGGCGUCUAGUCAAGGGAAGGAAGCCAGAGAAGGAGGACGAGGAGCUCGACUUGGGUAUGAGGAAAUUAAGUAUGAAAGAUGAAGCUUUCGAUAAGAUUGCCAGGGAUUUCGGUAGUAGUGAGGAGACCGCAUUGUUUGGGAGAAGCCUAAAAGAUUGUCAGUCGAACGACAAUAAACCAGCAAAAGAUGCCCCGCGGCCAAAGAAGAAUAUUCCGGAACCUAGUUCUGACAUCGAAGAUUCUUUCACUCUUCGUUUUUCUCCUUCAGAGAAUAAGCCCAGAAAGGUAUCGAAAACAGCCCGCUUUGUAACUCCACCUGGAAGUCCUGAACUCAAGGCGAGAACCUUGGUAUCAUCCAAAAAGAUUACACGGAUACCAACUACCCCCCAUCGGCCCAGUAUGGACAACUUCUGGAGUCAGGAUGUUGUCAAUGAUUGGAAUGACGAGUACUCCCCACCGAAGAAGAUACAACCGAAACCGAAGCCACAGCUAGAUCAGAAUGGCAGUCUCUCCAAUGGACCUUUGCUCUUUUCCCCGACAAAAAAGAGCCCAGUGAAGCAAGACCGCCAGGCAAAAGACGCCAAGAAAGCAUUUUCCGAAAAGAAGCACGCUCUCGCCGAAUCAUUCCUCACAGAACUCGACGAAAAAAUCACGGACGGCCAGAUCUCCAAACUCGCCUCAUCAACAGGUGGCAUAAAGAUAAUCUGGAGCAAGAAGCUAAAUACCACAGCCGGCCGCGCAAACUGGAAACGCGAGACCAUUCGUUCCACUACCUUACGUCCAGACGGCAAGCCCGCAAUGCCAAUCCAGCGCCACCACGCAGCCAUCGAACUGGCCGAGAAAGUCAUCGACGACGAGGACCGUCUCCUAAACGUCGUAGCACACGAGUUUUGCCACCUCGCCAACUUCAUGAUCUCAAAUAUGAAAACAAACCCCCACGGCAAAGAAUUCAAAGCCUGGGCCGCCAAAGUAUCAAACCAUUUCCAACACCGCGGCAUAGAAGUCACGACAAAACACAGCUACAACAUCGACUACAAGUACGUCUGGGAGUGCGAGAACUGCGGGCUGGAGUUCAAGCGGCAUAGUAAGAGUAUUGACCCGGCGAAACAUCAGUGCGGUGUCUGUAAGAGCAAACUUGUGCAGACGAAGCCGGUGCCGAGGGUAGGGAAGGUGGGGGGUAAUGAGUACCAGGCUUUUGUGAAGGAGAACAUGAGGGUUGUGAGGGAGGCGAAUCCAGGGAGUCCGCAGAAGGAGAUUAUGGGGUUGGUGGGGAAGAAGUAUCAGGAGUUUAAGGCUUCGAGGUUGAAGGACAGUAUUAGUGUUAGUGUAGAGGAGUUGGUUGGCAGUAAGGAGACGACGCCUGAGAGUGAUGGUGUGGGUGUGGUGGCAAGGAAGUUGGAUUUCUUGGAUUUGACGAGUCCUUGA